GUCUGCCCCCACCCAGCUCGGGUUGGCAGCGGGCCGCGGUGCUGACGCCAGCGUCCGGAGGCCGUCCGCCGACGGCCGCCCCGCGCUGGCAUCGUCGCCCGCCGCGCCGCGGCAGGGCGCCCGCGGGAGCCGGCGGACCUCGUACGAUCCGUUGGAUCAUCGAGGGCGGAGCGAGCCACGCAGGUCGUCACAGCAGGAGCCCGCCGUACAAGGACGAGCGCACGGCGGCGGGCGUCGGGCGCAGGGCCCUCGAACUGAGAGCUUGGACGAUUGA